GGUGGCCAGACAAAAGCUGCCUGUCUACCCUGUCGCAAGCGCAAAUCAAAGUGCGAUGGCGACCGACCUUCAUGCAAGUGCUGCAUGGCAAAAGCCACAAUGUGCAAUUACAGCGUUACCACUCCAGGCGUGACACAGCAACAAGCCAUCAAGAAUGAACUGGAUGCCUACAAACGUGUCUUGACUCUGAUUCGGGACAGCAGCUCAAGCGAUGUAGAGUCCCUCGUCAGAAUAAUCAAGGCACGGAAUAGUUUGAAUGAUGCCGUUCAGGAUAUC